UGGGGUGCAGAUGUGCCGAGAGUGAUUUCUAAGUAGUUGAGUUGUUGAGAUGAGGGCAGGACUGUUAAUGGUAGGCAGGUUUUGUUUUCAUUGGUGAAUCUGGUGUCAUCAUAUUCCGGUCAUAUGUUGAAAUAUUCUUUGUUUAGGUCUUGAAGUAGAGGAUCUCACUCUGCACGUCCACAUUGUGUUGUUUUUAAAUGAUGUCUCUAGGAGUAUGGAUUUCUAGAAUUUCAACUGGGAGUUAAGGUCCGGGAGUGUGUGGGCCUCAGAACUGGCCUUGACAGUGAACUUUGUGGCUGUGUUUCGGAUUUCAAAGAUUUGCCCCAUAGCGGGGGUGCGAGUUGUGCAUUUUUCUUAAUAGUCGGUGUCAGAAAUGUAGGUGCUUGAGCUGGGGAAGUUAGAGAGGGAAGAACAUUUAUGUAUUAAUAAUUGAUAGCUGAAAGCUGAAUAUUAGAAUCAGAUUAAUUUGGGCUGAUGAAAGUUUUUUUUCUUUUUUCUUUUUUUUUUAAAGCGGUUGUGCACUCUAGGAAGGAAGCCUUUUCAUAGGCACACUUUAUAGGGGUUCUUUAGGGCAAGCAGCUGGAAUAUCUCCUCUUAGAGAGGAUACUCAUCAACAUCUGUAGCUUUAUUGGGGGUCUGGUAAGGGGACUGAAAUUGGGGCUAAAACAUGUAAGCAUACUUUUCAAUGUUUAUGUUAUUUGUUUAUAUCUGGUGUUCACUCACGUUUGGGCAGUAGAAAUAAAUAGGUCAGCUUUUCUUUUGGUUUCUGAAGACUAAUCCCCUCCUCCCUCUAUUUUUAAGUUUUACAAUUUACUUGGUUUACAGCAUUGUUGGAAUCUGUUACUAUAUUUUUACUGGAAAUAUUAUUAUUCAUUUUAAUUCUGACAUAUAAGUGGUGGAUGGGGCCCUAUUUUAGCUUUGAAGGGUCCAUCCUUUUUCCUGUUCAGUCAUCUGCAAGGAGCUACGUCAGAAAUACUCUUCUUCUGCUUACAUGAAGAUCUCUAAAUGCUAUCCAGCAGGAGGUGCUACAGCAAGAUACAGGAAAUUUUAAAAUUUUGAUCGUCUUGCUACUUAUUACAGCUCUACUUAGCUUCACCUAAGCAACAGGAUUAAUACCUUAAAGUUCCAGAAAGAUUUUGAGGGGCUAGAGAGCUGAAAGAGAGCCAGUUUUCCCAAAAUUGGACUUCUCAGAACCUUUAAUAUGCUAAUGUGCAUUGUGAAUCUCCAAGAGGGGGAUAUGAUAUGCAGCAUUCUUGAAUACUUCUAAUGACAGGGAGCCCACUACCUCAUAAGCUGCAGCGAGAAGAGGAGUUUGUUAUUUUAAACGGAGGCUGAAGAAACUAUAGAAUUAGCAGACAAAAGAGAAAGUGGAGAAGGUAGAGGAUGGAGUUGCAGACUCUACAGGAGGCUCUUAAAGUGGAAAUUCAAGUUCACCAGAAACUGGUUGCUCAAAUGAAGCAGGAUCCACAGAUAUUUUUUCUUUCCAAUCAGAAUGCUGACUUAAAGAAACAGCUUCAUGAACUCCAAGCCAAAAUCACAGCUUUGAGUGAGAAACAGAAAAGAGUAGUUGAACAGCUACGGAAGAACCUGAUAGUAAAGCAAGAACAACCAGACAAGUUCCAAAUACAGCCAUUGCCACAAUCUGAAAACAAACUACAAACAGCACAGCAGCAACCACUACAGCAACUACAGCAACAACAGCAGUACCACCACCACCACGCCCAGCAGUCUGCUGCACCCUCUCCCAGUUUGACUGCUUCACAGAAGACUGUAACUACAGCUUCUAUGAUUACCACAAAGACACUACCUCUCGUCUUGAAAGCAGCAACUGCGACCAUGCCUACUUCUGUUGUGGGCCAGAGACCUACCAUUGCUAUGGUGACCGCCAUCAACAGUCAGAAGGCUGUGCUCAGCACUGAUGUGCAGAACACACCAGUCAACCUCCAGACGUCUAGUAAGGUCACUGGGCCUGGGGCAGAGGCUGUCCAAAUUGUGGCAAAAAACACAGUCACUCUGCAGGUUCAGGCAACACCUCCUCAGCCCAUCAAAGUACCACAGUUUAUUCCCCCUCCUAGACUCACUCCACGUCCAAACUUUCUUCCACAGGUUCGACCCAAGCCUGUGGCCCAGAAUAACAUUCCUAUUGCCCCAGCACCUCCUCCCAUGCUUGCAGCUCCUCAGCUUAUCCAGAGGCCCGUCAUGCUGACCAAGUUCACCCCCACAACCCUUCCCACAUCCCAGAAUUCCAUUCACCCCGUCCGUGUCGUCAAUGGGCAGACUGCAACCAUAGCCAAAACGUUCCCCAUGGCCCAGCUCACCAGCAUUGUGAUAGCUACUCCAGGGACCAGACUCGCUGGACCUCAAACUGUACAGCUUAGCAAGCCAAGCCUUGAAAAACAGACAGUUAAAUCUCACACAGAAACAGAUGAGAAACAAACAGAGAGCCGUACCAUCACCCCACCUGCUGUACCCAAACCAAAACGGGAAGAGAAUCCUCAGAAACUUGCCUUCAUGGUGUCUCUAGGGCUGGUAACACAUGACCAUCUAGAAGAAAUCCAAAGCAAAAGGCAAGAGCGAAAAAGAAGAACGACAGCAAAUCCAGUAUAUAGUGGAGCAGUCUUUGAGCCGGAGCGUAAGAAGAGCGCAGUCACAUACCUAAACAGCACAAUGCAUCCUGGGACCCGGAAGAGAGGUCGUCCUCCAAAAUACAAUGCAGUGCUGGGGUUUGGAGCCCUUACCCCAACAUCCCCCCCAUCCAGUCAUCCUGACUCCCCUGAAAAUGAAAAGACAGAGACCACAUUCACUUUCCCUGCACCUGUUCAGCCUGUGUCCCUGCCCAGCCCCACCUCCACAGACGGUGAUAUUCAUGAGGAUUUUUGCAGCGUUUGCAGAAAAAGUGGCCAGUUGCUGAUGUGCGACACGUGUUCCCGUGUGUAUCAUCUGGACUGCUUAGACCCUCCUCUGAAAACGAUUCCCAAGGGCAUGUGGAUCUGUCCCAGAUGUCAGGACCAGAUGCUAAAGAAGGAAGAAGCAAUUCCAUGGCCUGGAACUUUAGCAAUUGUUCAUUCCUAUAUUGCCUACAAAGCAGCAAAAGAAGAAGAGAAACAGAAGUUACUUAAAUGGAGUUCAGAUUUGAAACAAGAACGAGAACAGCUAGAGCAGAAGGUGAAGCAGCUCAGCAGCUCUAUAAGUAAAUGCAUGGAAAUGAAGAAUACCAUCCUGGCCCGGCAGAAGGAGAUGCAUAGCUCCCUGGAGAAGGUAAAACAACUGAUUCGCCUCAUCCACGGCAUUGACCUCUCCAAACCUGUAGACUCUGAGGCCACUGUGGGGGCCAUCUCCAAUGGCCCGGACUGUACCCCCCCUGCCAAUGCCACCACCUCCACACCGGCCCCCUCCCCAUCCUCCCAGAGCUGCACAGUGAACUGUAACCAGGGGGAAGAGACUAAAUAACAGAGCCCCUCUAGGAGAAGCCACGGGAUCCCGGCGGCAAGGAGAGGCAAAACACUGAAGACUCUAGAAAAGCAAAGCCGGAUUUCUUCUGGAAAGUGCAGAAUUCUUUUGGUUCUUUGGUUCCAGAGAGAGAGAAGAUGCUUGUGCCAGGUGGCACUAGAGUUUGCCAAUUGAUCCUUCUUAUUCUGUGUGUACAUGCAAAGAUUGGACCAUGUUACAUGAAAUAGUGCCAGCUGGAGGUUCUUUGCCAGCACCAUGCCAAGUGAAAUAAUAUAUUUACUCUCUCUAUUAUACACCAGUGUGUGCCUGCAGCAGCCUCCACAGCCACGAUGGGUUUGUUUUUGUUUUGUGGGGUGGGGAGCAGGGACGGGCGGAGGGAGGAAAGCAGGUUUCAGAUCCUUAUUUGCCAGAGAGGUUUGUUUAGGUAGAGAAGACAAGUCCAAAGAGUGUGUGGGCUUUCCUAUUUCUAAACUUUCUCACUACUAUAAAACCAAAAAAAGGAAAUUGAGAUUUAACCAACCCCAGUGCCCAGAAGAGGGAAGGGGAGGGGCAGGGAGGGACCAAGGGGUGGGAAAGUAUAUCAAAUAAGCAGUAUUUAAUCUUGUCGAGGAGGGCCUAGUGCCAGGAGAGCUGGACACCAAGAACAGCCCCUAGGUUCUUCUUCCUGAGUGCUUGCUCCUGCCGUGGGUACCCCCAGCACUCCCAACGCCUCGCGAGCCCUUUCCUUCCUUGCUUGGUGAAUUGCACGUCCCUGUGGUGAUCCUGUUAUGUUCCCUUUCCAAGAACAAGCAGAGCCAGGCCCUGCUGGCCCUCGCUUGAGGCAGGGAAGAAGGGUGUGUGUGUUCAGGAAGGAAAAAAGGUGGAUCAGUGAUUUUACUUGAAAACAAGCUCCAUCCCUUUUCUAUAUUUAUAAGAAGAGAAGAUCCUAAGCGAAGCAGCACGCGACCCAGGUGUGUGUGAAUUGAAUGGAGACAUUUCUUUUCUCUUUUUUUUAUUUUUGUCUUUUUUUUUCUUUAAAGAAAGUUUUAUUUUGUUGCUUAUUUACUUUUUUGGUAACAAAAACUAAAAUAAGGAAUAGAAAAGCUGUUUUUCAGGCUGACAGUCCAAUUAAGGGUAGUCGAGACCUUGCAUGGUAGAAUAGGAAUCAUAGUGUCAGUGAGGUCCAGUGAGUCUUUGUGAGUCCUUGUGUCAUCGUUCGGGCACUGUUUUUUUAUGCAAGGGCAAAAAUCUUUGUAUCUGGGGAAAAAACAACUUUUUUUUAAAUUAAAAAGGAAAAUAAAAGAUAUUGAGGUCUUCCUAGUGUUACUUAAAUUAAGAUCAAAGAAAGAAACAUUGUAAAAAAAAAUUACAAAAGUGCUAUUUGUUUCCUAAAAACAGUGAUUUCUAUUAAAAAGGUGUCAGAACUGGAGAAAAUAUGCCGUGUAGUUAUAAUUUUUUAGCACAGAACCUGCUGAUCAUGAUGACGUUUUGCUGUGUGUAUCUCUAGACUGGUGGGCCAGUCUCUAGGAAGGGCAGGGGCGGGACUCUCCUCACCCUUCUCCACUCCUCAGAAAAGACUGUCCUCUCUUCUUGGUGCAGGGAUCUUGUCUCCUGUUUUUGAAACCCACAUGGAGUGUGUACUGGGUCAGGCCAUCCCCUCCUCAGAUUUUGCUAGAGCAAAGGCUGGUGCCUCAAUAAAAUCCCUUCCUUUGGUGCUGUUCUUGGUCUUUCAGCCACCAGCAUUAUGAGUGCCUGGGGGACACCUCUGUGGGAAAUGGCCCCUGAACCUCAGUGGUGCCCAUGCAGCCUGGCCUUGGUGGGGAGGGCACGGGGGUGCAGGCUGGCUGCAUUAGCCCUUGGUGCUUAGAAAGAACAAAGCAGGAGUGCGAUGUCUUAAGGGAACGUGGUGGUGUCUGAGAUAGGACCGCGGAGUCUUGCCUUUGAAAAGCAAUCUGAAGCUCCAGCUACUUUCUCUGCCUGCUGGCUCCAGGCACUGGAGGUGGGAUUUACUCCACUCUGCCCACCCACAGCUUCCUGGUGACCCAUGACUAGAAUCGCUGUGCUUGUCUUGGCUUGGCUGUUGUGGCUUCUCCUUCUUGGGAAAACCAUGGUUCUGAGAGGCUCAGACCAUUUCUCUCAUCUUGCCUUGUGGAAAUGGAUUGUGUUGGAUGUGUGCUUUCGCUGGAGACCUUUGCCCAUUGUGAGCCUCUGGCUGAUGGGAGAGAGGCAGUGGCUGUGCACCCUGGCCCUAUUGGAACAUCUCUCCCAAUUCCACCCAGGAAGGACCAGAGUCUAGGAACAGCAGAAGAGGCCCAUUAGCUUCUCUCCCACCCAGUUAGGCCCAGAGAGGCAAGAUGGAUGCUAAGGUAAAUGCAGCAGAGAAGAGAUGCUUCUUAGAGUAAAUGUGUCUCAUUCAUACCAGCCAUUUUCACUCAUCUUCCUAGGGAUGUCAGGGGGUUAAGUCUGGCUGCACAGGACAGGCCUUGGAAUCAGUCCCCAGCUACUAUGUUGAUUGAGAGGGACAGAGAACAGUCCCCUUUUCUCAUAUGGAAACCAAGGUGCUGUGUCUAGUCAGGGAGCUUUGGAAAUGCCUGGACUAGUUAAAGGAAUAGUUGGCGGAGGAUCAGACCAGCAGCAGGCUGCACACCCUGUCUUAGAGCCCUCCUAUUUGGCCUGUCUGGGCCCAUAGGCUGGGGGUUGCCACACAAUACCUAUCUUUUUUCAAAAGAAGAAGUUGGGAAGCCAUCAUUACUAGAGGCCUUUGCUCCCUGAGGAGCUGCCUGAGGAGUCUUGAGGGUGGGGGGACAGGGCUAGGGUUUGACCAGUGUUUUGCCUGCUGCUGUGAGCUGUGUCCGCUACAUUCCAGCCUUGCCUAAAGUUGGGGUAUAGACUCUUCCUAAUGUUCAGAUAUGAGCUGUUUUGUGAGUCAGCUACUAUGGAGUACAAAAUGUAACCCUGCCCCACCAAACCUACAUUCUGGACUCAAAUUCCCAAACACUGCUUUACUAAAAAGAAAAGGCCCUGGUUACUCAAUCUCCUUUUCCUUCACUGUCCUGCCAAGAGAGAAGAGCUCUUCUCUGUCCCCCCCAGACCUGAGGGUGCCUGUGACUACCUGAGACGCACUUUCAUGACGCUUCUCCACCCAAGCUGCCUCCACGUCCUUUUUCCUCCUUUCCUUCUGCUGCUGACAGCCACUUACUGAGGCCAGCUGGCUUUGCAGUCACUUCAGAGACUAGGGAGUGGCUGCCCGCUGGGCCCUUGACUGUCAGUACCUGAUCAGGCGCUGCUCCCUGGAGGCAGUGAGGUCAUGUUGCUGUCUUCUCUGCCUCACACAUUCUUGCUGCCUGCAGGUCCUUUUUCUUUCAUGCAGCCUGCUCGGUCUUGCCUCACCUCUGCUGAGCUCAUCUGGAGUUCUGAUUUCUUCCUUCCUUAUCAGGCCCUUUAGGGAGAGCCUGCUAGUUGUACCUGACAGGGAGACUGAGCUAAGACAGUCCCUGGUGGGGCCUUACCUGUGUGGGGCCUGUCUCUAGAGCCUGUUGACAUGGCCUUUACAGCCUCCAGCUGGCACCAUCUGAGGGGCCCAGUUUCCCUGCAGGGCCUGCCUCUCUGUCUGUGCUGCCUCUUGGCUCAGACCCAAUAGGCGGUGUGAAUCGGUGCAACUGUGCACAACUCUUCCCGUGAGGGUGGCCGUGCUUGCAGCUCACCUUGGUCUCUGCAUGUACAGCUGCUUCUGCAGCCACCUUUCUGCUCCUUCCUCUUUUGGGGCCAUCAGAGCCUCCUUGGGCUCCCCCCUUCAACCCUCCAGCGAAUGCGUGCGUGUGCACGCGCGCACAUGGUUUCUUCCCUUCGCUCCCUUUUAGGGUGUGGUUCUUAUUUAUCUAAAGGGCUGAAUUUAGGAGACUUUUACCCCAGGAGCAAAAGGCUCUUAGGACAGUAGAAUGGAAGGUGGCCAGAUACAUUUUCCAGGCCCUAGGUUCUCCAGAUCCCCUGGCUUCUGUUGGAUGGAGGCAAAUUUGCUGUGCAUAAAUAACUGUGGACCUCACCCCUAGCCGUCAGCCAGGCCCCUUGGCAGGAAACAAGAGUCCCAUUCUCACCCUGACUUGCAGCCUGUGUUGUGUCAGCUCCUCUCCAAGAAAGGAGUGGGUGACCCCUGGGAAGAUUCCUCUGGCCCUCCCACUAGAGUGAAGGGAGGAAGCUGGGGGUCACCCCUCCAGAGAGCCAGGGUGAGAAUUCUUUUAAAAAUAACUCUUGUAAAGGGAGGGCAGGGCUCACAAAUUCCACUUGGCAGCCUCCUCCCACAAGGUCCUUCCUCCUUAAGGACUCUACCCCCCCCCUCCCGCCCAGCAGCCUUUGGCUCCUGUACCUCCUUCCAAUGUAAUUGGUCCUCAGCCCAGGGUGAGCUGCAGUCAGGCAGGGCGGGACAGGCAGGCCAGAGGUCAGCAGCUCCGUGCAGAGAAGAGCCAGCCAGACCCCAAUCCUGUCUCUUGUCCAUGCCCUUUGUGAUUUCAGUCUUGGUAGAACUUGUAUUUGGAGUUUUGUGCUUCAAAGUUUUUGUUUUUGUUUGUUUGGUUUUUGUUUUGAGGGGGUGGGGGGGAUACAGAGCAGCUGAUCAAUUUGUAUUUAUUUAUUUUAACAUUUUACUAAAUAAAGCCAAAUAAAGUC